AUGGCAAUUAAAAAAGUAACUAACGCAGAAAAUGAUUAUUUUCAUAAAGAAAAUAAAGGUUGGGAGUCUUUGGUUAGAACUUUUUAAAAUUCUGUGAAUAGAAAUAUAAUUUCAUAUUUAAUGCAAAAAAAUAAUUCAAUUGAUGAAUAUUGUACCAUUUAGCAGUAUCACUAAAACAUGAUUUAAGAUAAAGAAAAUGGAUUUAAAUUAAAUUUUGAUAAGGAGUAAAGUUUAAUAUGUAAUUAAAGCCUUAAAGUUAAGCUGGAAAAGAAAAGUAAUGCUCUUUAGCCUCUUUGUCUAAUGUGGUUGAAUAAUGGAAAAAGUAUUGCAGUGGGAUAUACUAAGGCAAAGACUACAAACACAAGCAAUCAUUAACUAAAGGGAGAUAUUAACAUCAUUAAUUUUUAUAAGCCUUAGCAGCGUCAAAGGUUCUUUAAAGAUAUAUAAGGUCUAGGUAGUAUGAAGCUAUUAAAUAAUGGAAAGCAUAUAGUUGUAGGUGAUAAAGUUGGAGAUAUUUACUUUCUAGAUUAUAUUUUGAACAACCUAAAAAAUUAAAUGGAAGAUAAAAAAAGUAUGGAGGAUAAAUCUGAUGAGUAGAAGCGUAUUUCUACUAAAGUUCAAGAUUUAGUAGACAUAUCACCAUCCCCAACAGAUGUAAAACUAGCUAUUGCUGGAGGAAAACAGAUUAGCAUUUUGGAUAUUCAAAAAGAAAUAGAAGAAAUACAGUUAGAAAAUAAAACCAAGGAAAUUACCUCCUGUGAAUGGAAUCCAUAAAAGGCACUGAUUAUUAGUACUGAUGACUCUAAAGUUAGGUUAUGGGAUCCUAGAGAUGCAUAAAAUAUAGCCGAAUUGAGCGCCCAUAACCAGCCAGUAACAGUGGGUAAAUGGCACCCCAACGGAUAUAAUUUUUUGACAGGUGGUAAAGACAGAGCUAUAAAGUUAUUUGACAUUAGAAACUUAUCUUAACCUGUGAAUACUUUUUGUAGUGAUGGAGAAAUUACUUGCUUGAAGUGGCAUCCAAUUUAAUCACAUAUUUUUGUAAGUGGUGAUAGUAAUGGAAAUGUUUUGCACUUUUAAACAGGAGAAUAAAGUCCUAUAGAUUAACAAUAUUCAGAUGAUAAAAUUAUCGACAUAGAUUAUCAUCCUUUAGGUAAUGUCAUGUGCUUUAUUGAUUAAAAGAAACAAUUAAAGUUUUAUUCUAGAGAUCCACCAAAAGAGUUUUGA